GUAUCGAUUGUUUCACCAAGAGACGGGUCGACCGGCUCUAAUUUCGGGUAAACAACAAUUUAAUUUUAAUGACUUCAAGACAGCUUCAUUCCACAGUUUUUGGCCCGUGCGGCUUUGAAGAUCAAACGUUAGUGGAGAUCUCCGGUCCCCCAAAAAGUGGUAGAAGCUUGGUUCUCCAACAACUGAUUGCGCAUUGUGUGGCACCCUAUGCAUUUGGUGGACGGCAAUGGAGCAUAUAUUUGAUCAACCUGAGCCACAAAAUCACCCGGGAAUCUUUAACGAAGGUCGUGCGCGCAGAGCUACAGGCAUUUUCAUUAGAAGGCAAGCCGCCAGCCGCGGAGGAGCUGACCGAGAUCGCAAAAGAGUGCGUCGCGCGGGUCAGCUUCAUGAAGUGCUUUACCACCGCGGAUGUGAAGUAUACGUUAUUCAACAUCCCAUACGAGACCUUGAGAGACCGCAGUGUGGAACUGAUAGCAAUUGACACGCUCAGCGAGUUCUACUGGCUGGAUGCAGCGGAGAGGAAGCAAAACCUGACCAAGUACAGGUACUACCGGCAAUGCCAGAUGCAUCUAAAUCGGAUCUGCAAAGAGGCGCUCGUAUGUGGCAUGUACACGGUGGAUUCCAGCUUUCUCAAUUCCAAAUACAACGAGAAAAUCGCGGGAGCUAAAGUAGAUUACAACAUUCAGAUGAGCAAACUUCGGGGGAACCUAGCUAUGAAUAGAAAGUCUGUGUCAUUCAGCAAUGGUAUAAUAGAAAUUAGACAAUGAAGCUGAUAGACUGAUAAGAACAAAUUUACUAAAGAGAAGUGUUAUUUAUAAAAC